CUGCCUGCGUGUUCUCACUGGGCUGGGGAGAGGAGCGGCUUUAGGGUGCGAGGAAAUAUGCCACGAGAGGCGAUGUGACAGCCAGAGACAGACGCACACUGACACAAAGUUCCCGCAGUCGGACUGGAGUAUAGCAGGUCUACUACUGCUGCAGCUGGUCUGUUGUAACAGAGAAUGAAGGGCCUCUUCUGACCUGACGGUUCAGCAGCUCAGUUCAGCGCUCUCAUUUCUUCUUCCUCUCUUAUUUCACUUUGUUUAUGGACAAUGGGAUUUUAACCAUGUGGCAGAUAGCUGAGCAGUUAACCUGGAUUUCGCUGACACGCCCGCGCCUGAGUUCCACCUGAGAGGAUGGACGCGCUGGAGUCAGAGCUGACUUGCCCAAUCUGCCUAGAGCUCUUUGAGGACCCACUGCUCCUGCCCUGUGCCCACAGCCUGUGCUUCGGCUGCGCCCAUCGCAUCCUGGUAUCCCACUGCGCCUCCAACGAGCCCGUCCAGUCCAUCGGAGCCUUCCAGUGCCCCACCUGCCGCUAUGUCAUCUCUCUCAGUCCGCAGCGUGGCCUAGAAGGACUGAAACGCAACGUCACCCUCCAGAACAUCAUCGCCCGCGUCCAGAGGGCCACCUCCUCCGGCCCCCUGGCCCUGCUGCCCCAGAGCGGGCCCAACUCCCCUAGCGAGGACGCCGGGCGAUUCGCCCUGGCCCUGGUCCCCGCCUCCACCGCCAUGACCAGCCCUGGGACGCCGCCCAGCCACGUACAGUGCCAGUUCUGCGAGCAGGACCCGCCGCAGAAUGCUGUCAAGACGUGCGUGACGUGCGAGGUGUCAUACUGUGACGAGUGCCUGCGCGCCACGCACCCCAACAAGAAGCCCUUCACAGGCCACCGUCUGAUUGAGCCCAUGCCAGACUGCCACCUGCGGGGGCUGCAGUGCCUGGAGCACGAGGAGGAAAAAGUGAACAUGUAUUGCGUCACCGACGAACAGCUCAUCUGCUCGCUGUGCAAACUUGUGGGUAGACACCGAGACCACCAGGUGGCGGCCUUGAGCGACCGCUUCGAGAAACUCAAGCAAGCGUUGGAUUCCAACCUGAGUCAUUUGGUCAAGAGGAACAAUGAGUUGGAGGGGUUGAUGGGAAAGUUGAUCCAGACCUGUCAACAUGUAGAGGUCAAUGCAUCACGGCAGGAGGGAAAGCUGAUGGAAGAAUGCGACCUCCUAAUUGAUAUCAUCCAGCAAAGGAGACAGAUCAUUGGGACCAAAAUCAAGGAGGGAAAGGCAGUCCGGAUCAGGAAGCUAGCCCAGCAGAUCUCCAACUGUAAGCAGUGCAUCGAGAGGUCCUCUGCCCUCAUCACCCAGGCCGAUCAGACCCUGAAGGAGACGGACCACGCCCGAUUCCUCCAGACCGCCAAGAGUAUCACCGAAAGGGUUUCCAUGGCGACAGCCUCCUCUCAGGUCCUGAUUCCAGAGAUCAACCUGACGGACACGUUUGACACGUUCGCUCUGGACUUCACCAAGGAGAAGAAGCUGCUGGAGAGCCUGGACUACCUCACAGCACCAAGUCCUCCGGGCAUCAGAGAAGAGCUCUGCACUGCAUCGUACGACACCAUCACCGUCCAUUGGACCUCAGAUGACGAGUUCACAGUGCUUUCCUAUGAGCUUCAGUAUGCUAUCUUCACAGGGCAAGCCAACGUUGUCAGCCUGUGUAACUCAGCAGACAGCUGGAUGAUUGUGCCUAACAUCAAGCAGAACCACUACACCGUCCACGGCCUGCAGAGUGGCACCAAGUACAUCUUCAUCGUCAAAGCCAUCAACCAGGCAGGUGCCCGCAGCAGUGAGCCAGGGACACUCAAAACCAACAGCCAACCAUUCAAGCUGGACCCCAAGUCCGCCCACAAGAAGCUGAAGGUCUCCCAUGACAACCUGACGGUGGAGCGUGACGAGACGACAUCGAAGAAGGGACACGGCCAGGAACGCUUCACCAGCCAGAGUAGCUACGGAGUCGUCGGUAACGUUUACAUCGACAGCGGACGCCACUACUGGGAGGCCCUGAUUGGAGGAAGCACAUGGUAUGCGGUGGGCAUCGCCUACAAGUCGGCCCCCAAGCACGAGUGGAUCGGCAAGAACUCGGCCUCCUGGGUCCUGUGCCGCUGCAACAACUCGUGGGUGGUGCGUCACAACAGUAAGGAGCUGGCCAUCGAGCCUUCGCCCCACCUGCGCCGCGUGGGUGUCCUGCUGGACUACGACGCCGGCUCGCUUACCUUCUACGACGCCGUGGGCUCGCAGCACCUGCACACGUUCCACGUGUCCUUCGCCCAGCCUGUGUGCCCCGUCUUCAACGUGUGGAACAAGUGUCUGACUGUCCUCACGGGUCUGCCCAUCCCUGAACACCUAGAAGGGUUGGAAACCCAGGACUGAGACCCCUUGGGAACUAGAGUUCCCCCUGGCCAAACCAGACUAAGUUGGUUUAGGUUAAGUUAGGUUAAGCCACCUUCAAGGCACUUUGGGCCUCUAUGACCUAGCAAAGGCCGUCUUCAAUCUUGAAUCAUCCCAGAAAACGUCAUGCUACCACCAUUUAAUUUUAGGCACUUUGGACCACCCCUUGGGCCAACGUCAAUCGCACAGACCACCCUCGAUUCAACCACAGACCGCUGUUUGCAGUGGGAAAGAAGGAAAGAGCUACGUAGCUGUACAGUUGUGAAUUAUAGCAUUGCCCCACUCCCACCUUCAUGAUUAUGGUACCAAAGUAGCCAUGAAUUUAAAUGAUUUUACUACCAUUUUCCUGUGCUUAUAUGAUAGAUAUUCAUUAUUGAAGUGUAAGAAAAUAGCCUAGAUAAAUUCCAAUAUGUACAUUUUCCCUUAUGUUUACAUAUUGUUCAUACAUUAUUUAUGGUCCGUUUACAGGGAUAGGAGACAUUUAUAAAGCUAGGGAAAUUAUUUUGAUGCAAUUUAUCGAUGUUACUGUCUAAUCUAGGAAAAGUAUUGUGUCCUAAUACAUUAAUAAUGUGUAAAUUAUACAUAUUUUGUGACAACAUAAUUUCUUUCUUCCUUACAGUACCUUAAACCCCCAAGCGUAAAAGUACCGUUGCAUUUCAGACAAGCAGGGAAACACAACAAAUUGUGUCUUUAAUUUUUGUUAUGUUUUGUCCUCUUUGCAAUGGGAUAGGUCCUUUGUAGUUCAGCCAUGCAUGUUAUUGUGAAUCUCUCAGGUCUAUUCCAAAUCCUAUUUUCCUCCAUGAAAAUAAUGCAAACUACUUUGUCCUCUCCUGAGUGAAUACUAACUUCCUACUGUCCUUAGCAGUUGUCACAAACCUGAACUGAAAAACACUUCCACUUUGUUGUUAGGUACAGUGAGGACAAGACUAUUACAAUAAUCUCUCUAUUCAGGUCCAGUGACCGCUGGGAGGUAAAUUUCAGUGACAACAAUCAUGCCUCUGGGCAUUUGUCAUCCAUAUGUCACACAGGAAAGCACCGCACUUACAAACUCAGUCAUUAUUUCACCAAGGUCGAUGCCACCACUAGCCACAGCUUGACCUCAGCUUGACCACUGUAUGACCCAGUGACCAUGAACUCCAAUGUUGUAGGAUACGUCUCGCCACCACACACAGGCACUCCAUGAUGUACAUAAUAUAUUAUGUUCUCUUUUACUCUGUCUUCUUUCAAAAGAAGGACCAUCUAGAUAUUUUACAGACCAUCUUUAAGUUUUUAAAGGAACAAAAUGGAUUGGUUCACUCAUUAAUAUGUGUCUUAGGUGUGGUUUGGGAUUAUCUGUUUCCUUGUAUUGGAUGCAGCAAUUAUCUACUCUUCAAUGUUACCACAAAAACAGUUUAAAUUCAGUUGUGUGUUUGGACACUAUUUUAGGAAAGAGGAUCGGAAUGCUUGUGUCACUGUACAAAUAUGAAGUAGCAUUUGUCGACUGUCAAAGGUUCAAUAAAGAAAGAUACAUUUUAACUUG